CCUCCAACUUCUUCACAAACAUCUUGCGCAAAACCACCUCAGUAAGCCCAUUUUGUGAUAACAAGAGUACAAGAAUUCUGCUGUUCAUUGGACAGGCAAGAUAGUUUCAUUAGGAUUUUUUUCUCUUGAUCUAUUGUUUCACAAUGGAUCGAGGUGGUCAACCUCAAGAUGGGUCUCACAACCAGCCACCAGAGCAAUCAGGAGAAACUCGUCCCCAACCACCAGAGUUCAUAGCUCAGAGAAAGCGAACGUUGCCAAGCGACGAGGAUAUUUCACCCCCCGGGCGCAAAUCCAUCAAACGUCAAUACCUUAGAAAGGAGAGCGAAGACGAUGACGAUGACGAUGAUCCGAAGAAUAAGGGCAAAGAGCCGGAAGGCGUAUACUCUAUGGCUAUCAGCAGCAAGCUGACGGGCCCCAUCGCUAAUGAAGAUUCGAUCAUUCGGAUGAAGAUUGAUAAGUUUUUCCCAUCUUCAGUAUCGUAUCUUCAAGGUCUUCGAGGAUCAUACUGGACAGAAGAUAUGGAGCGAGCAUUUCUCGAGACUUGGAAACGAGAUGAUAAUGAGUCUCGUUUUGCCCAAGGGAAAAGAGUUGAUUCAGAUGAACUUGAAUUGUGGAAGAUGAUGUUCAUUCGAUAUAAGCGUAUACCUCCUCAUCUCUUCACAUAUGGCCUGAGACUUGGCGUUGAUUGUUAUGAAAGGCAAGGAAGUCUCAUGCUAUCACCAGAAGCAAGUUAUUUGCUUCAGAGAAUUUGCGCUCAUCCUGUAUGGCGCAAGAAUAUCGACGAAUUGCGAUGUUUCCUUCAAGCGGCAACACAAUUGUCUGUGGAUGAGCAUCCUGAUGUAAUUGGGGACCACCUCAAUAUGGAAGCUCUCCGCCCGGCGCUUGAACAAGAAUUUGGUCAAGUAAGUGACGCUGCGACCGGGAGAAUUCAUUACAGAAUGUGGCAUGCGAAUCAGCCUCAGAUGGACAAGUCUAUUGGUGAUCUCAUCCGAGCACUUCCAAAUCGAAUUCGUCAAAAUACUGGCAAGGGAAAUGCCAAGAAGAGCUUGUUCAUCCUUACUAUGCCUGUGAUGGAAGAUGUAAUCACGGUGCUGGACGAAUACAUGCCGACUUUAUUCGAUCAUACGACUGAGGAAUACGUGCAAAUCUUCCGAUAUCAUUAUGGUCCGAUUCUCAGCCGCGUAGAACCGCUUAAUACACAACAACUCGUCGAUAUCAAGUGGUCAUUGGAGCUUUGCGAGUUGCGAGAUAUUGAGAUUCGCAAGAUCAUGCGUCUCCGCGAUCAUGGCGAGUUUUUGUAUGAUGUACCUCACACGUCUGAGAUGCAUAAUGAUGCGGUUCCCUUAUAUCAUUAUGACUCCACGGUUGACUUGAGAAUACUUCCAGUUCUCCAUGGUGAAGUGAUGGACCCAAAGCGGAAGACGUUGCAGUGGCUUGAUCAAGCCAAAGUUCGUCGAGCAGAAGCUUUGCUGUCAUUGUCGAACACGUUGGCAGAAUUGGCUCCUGACGUUAAACCCGUGGUCGCCGAGACUGAGGUCUCUCCCAUACUUGACGCGAUUGUGGGAGUUGAAGAACCGCCAAGAGUUGAAGCAGCUCCCAAGGUUGAAGUUCUCAAUCGCAGUGCAGGCUCUUCUUUCGAGAGUAACAAAUCUAUCGGAAAUCCCGGGCACAAGGUCAGUGCUGAGUAUAAAAAAGCCACCGAAGACUUUUUAAUGCACCCUUUGAUUACUACACAGGACGCGAAUAAAGUGGUGAAGUUGAUAGAUCAGGACUUUGACCAUGGUCUAUCAAGCUUGGGGCGCUUAGACUAUGUGCCCGCUCCCCAUCUUGAACUCGCGCGAUUUAUUUCAGAGGAUAGAUAUACGAGAAUCAGAAGGAUGUCAAGGAUGAAGGGGUCCGCUAUCGAGGAGGAUAACCCCCCAUUGUUGAAUAAGCCCCAGCCUGUGAUGAAGCUGGUUUCUGAAGACUACAUGUAUAUUGCCCCUGGUGCUAUACAAGGUGAUGAUAGGGUAAAGAUGGCUUAGGAGGUAGGAGGACAAGAAUUGGGAGGGCAAAGGUUGGAGGCAUAUGGAAAGGGGCAAGGGAAACAGGCAAAGUGGAAGAUGGGAUGAUGGGAGGCUAGAGUAAGGAUGACCACAGGGCUUGGAAUUGAUGCUAUUCAUGACACAGUAAUCUGAUACAAGUGCAGAGAUUCCGCAACUGUGAUUUUCCCAGAGAUUCAUAUCUCUUAUCCAUUCUGUGUAGAGGUACUGCG